UUUUUUUUUGCACAAUUGAAACUGAGUUUGCUAAUAGCAGCUGCCUCACCUCUCGGUGUGCAGACAUUCAGCAGGACUUCAGCCUGAAGGACAGACUGCACCUCUUUACAUCUGCAGCUUUAUUAUUGUUACUUGUGCACAACAAGUCAGGAGCAAUGAAGCUACUCGCUUUUUCAAUGUGUAUCAUGAAUUAUUUGCUGCUGACAAAUCAAGAGGAGCAGAAAUCGGAAGUGAAACAGGAAUCCUGGAGUUCACCUGAGAACAACACUUAUAUGUAUGCUGAUGACUAUGAUGAGAAUAGCUCCCCUUGCGACCCGAUCGUGCCGGGAUUUAACUCCCUCGCCCUUCUGGUCAUCUACAUCAUCGUGUUUGUGUUCAGCGUCUUGGGCAACAGCGUGGUGGUCUUCGUGGUCUGCUCGAUGACCAAAGGCAGAGCCAGCACAGAUAUCUACUUGAUGCACCUGGCCCUGGCUGACCUCCUCUUCUGUUUCACUCUCCCCUUCUGGGCCGUUGAGUCUCACUUCGGUUGGCUCUUCGGCACCCUCCCCUGCAAGUUCCUAUCCAGCUUCCAGGAGGCGUCUGUGUACAGCGGCGUCUUCCUGCUGGCCUGCAUCAGUGUGGACCGCUACUUUGCCAUCGUUAGAGCGACACGAGUGCUGUCCUCCCGCCACCUGCUGGUGAAGGUGAUCUGCGCCGUUGUGUGGCUGAUGUCCGGGUUGCUGUCUCUGCCUGUGGCGAUUCAAAGAGAGGAAAUCUUUCCAAUGGGAGCGGACAGUGGCUUUCCAGAUGGACUGCAGAAAGCCAUUUGCUACGAGAACCUAACCGGGGAGAGCAGCGACCAGUGGCGGGUCGGCCUCCGGGUUCUGCGGCACACCGUGGGCUUCUUCUUCCCCCUGGUGGUGAUGGCGUUCUGCUACGGCUGGACGGUGGUGACGCUGUUCAGCACGCGCAGUCAACAGAAGCACAAGGCCAUGCGGGUCAUCCUGGCAGUGGUUCUGGCGUUCAUCUUUUGCUGGCUGCCUUACAACGUCACCGUUCUGAUAGACACGCUCUACCGAGGCGGGUCGCUCAAAGAAACCUGCGACAUCCGCUACAGAGUGGAGGUCAUGCUGGAGGUGACCAAGGUCAUCGCCUUCCUGCACUGCAUGGUGAACCCGGUACUGUACGCCUUCAUCGGGGAGAAGUUUCGGAACGAGCUGCUGACAGCUCUCUACAAACAGGGCAUCAUCAGCAAGAAGCUCUGGGUGUCUUACAGGAAGGGUUCUGCGGCCAGCGUGGCUAGUCUCAGGUCCAGAAACACCUCUGUGUCGGUGUAAGCUAAUGCUGUCUAUGGGCUAUGUUCACACAGCACGUCUUGAUGCUCAGUUCCAAUACCGUUGAGUUUUUUAUGGUCAUUCAUAGUAAUAAACCCAACUUCAAUGAG